GCCGAGCGACGGGCCAGCAGCUUGCCGGCGUUCGUCCCGAGUUUCCGUUGUGCGUCCGUACCGUGUCGUCGCGAGAACCGCGUCCGCGACCGUUUCUGGUCGGGUUUUAUCUCCGUGAAAGAUAUACAAAAAAAAUCGUAUCGUUAUAAUAUCGUAUUGUGUACACGCGACGUUGACGUGCGUACCCGAAACACGUUAAUCCCGGACGAACGGUUGAAACGAUAAAAAUAAAAUACGAAAAUACGAAAAUUGUUUACGAAAUCACGCGCACCCCGUGUCGUCACGCAUAUGUUAUAUAGAUCGUGUUAUAUAUAUAUUUGAUUUUUUCGAUCGAUUAUCGUGUUUAAUAUUUUAUCGACUUCGUCGUGCACAUCGGUCCGGCACAGCGGCAAAAAGCGCGCGUGUCGUGUGCGAUCUCAGUCAUCGCCACCGGUGCGGUUCGUUUCGGGCGCAGUGUACAUAUAUAUAUUUACGCGUAUAAUAUAUAUAGUAAUAACGUAAUAAUAUAAAAAAAAAUAUAUUAUAAUACUGUAGUGUCGGUGUUGUGGUCGUGCGGGAGUGUGCGUGUGCGACGCGAUAUGUCGGCCGACCGAAUCCGUAUUCGCCAACGACGCUGACGAUACGAAACCGACCGGUGAAAAACCGAGGUUUCGUUCCGACCGCUGCAGCAGCGUUACGUCGCACCGUUCGCGUGUCGCGAAUAAGUGAUAUUGAGAAACUCCGACUUUGGCGUCUCCGCAGUAUUAGUUUGCCGCGGGGGGUUUUUUUUUUUGUUGUUUUUUUGCCGAUUGUGCGAGUUAUAAAAUCCGCGAGGAUUUCGGCCACCAUCCAUCCAGUUGCAGACGAAGGAGAUCGUGAAAUUCUCCGCUGCCCAAAGGACUGUCAACAGAACCGGAGAACGGAAAAAUAAACGCGCCCCUUCUAAAUUGUCUCCACUUUGUUGUUUGUUUUAUGCAUUUUCUCUGCUUUGUGCGAUCGAUUCUCAUCGCUAUGUUGACAUUAAUGGCACUAAAAGUAGACUUAAUGUCCUAGGGUAGUUAGAUAAAAAAAAAAAAAAAAAAAAAUACUAAAGAGAGACUAGUCAUUAAAAGAAGAGUAAAAAAUAAGAUUUUAAAAAAAUUUGUAAGCAAGGGGCGCGUUUACUACACUUUAGGAGAAUGUACUCGACAAAAGUAACAGCAAUGACGUUCCUGGUGGCCAUAUUUGCAGUGAGCCCACUUCAGUCUUCCGAAGAAAAAUAUAACCCUCAGCAGCAGAAAAAACAGGUGUCCGAUUUUUUGGUCAGGCCGUUUUUCGACACGUCCGUAUCGUCCAACAUCACCACGCAACUGGGAGGUCAUGCCUACAUGCCAUGCAGAGUCAAGCAGCUCGGUAACAAGUCGGUGUCAUGGAUACGGCGGCGGGAUUCGCACAUACUCACUAUUGAUUGGUUGUUGUUUAUCGCUGACGACAGAUUCCGAAUAUUUCUAGUAGAACCCACGUGUACGUGGACAUUGCAAAUAAAAUAUGUGCAGCCCAGGGACGCUGGCAUUUACGAAUGCCAAAUAAAUACAUCACCUAAAAUGAGCCAUUUGGUUCAGCUCAAUGUCGUAGUGCCAAAGAUUGAGAUCAUGGGCGAGUCGGAUAUCCAUGUGAUGGAGGGCAGCUCGGUGAGCCUGAAAUGCGUGAUCCGGCAGAGUGUCCGGGACCCGGACUAUAUAUUCUGGUACCAGAAUAACAAACGGGUGCUAGACUACGGCAAGGGAGCCAAAGUGAUCAGCAGUGAACGGUUAGACGCCAACACGAUGGUGGCCACUUUGACCAUCAACAACGCUGUGCGGCACGACUCUGGCAACUACACGUGUCAGCCGUCUAACUUGGACUCAGCCAGCGCGUAUCUGCACGUCUUGAACGGCGAACAUCCGGCAGCCAUACAGCGGGGACACAGUUCCGGCACUCAGAUACCCAUCCGCCUGUUGGGGCCUCUCUCAGCCGUGUUGGGACUCAGCUCCAGCCAUUCGACGAGGGCCGCCCUGCUGACGACCGCGUUCGCCGUCGACCUGGUCGUCCGGACACUGUACUCGAUGAUCGUCUAAACAGGCGACACAACGGAAUCCAAUCGAGAGCCUACAGUCGCCGCCGAACCAACCGAACGACUUACAUACCAAAUAAUCAGAAACCCUCCCCCCACAAAAAAAAAAAAAUAAAAACGAAAAUUAUAACACACCGCGUCGCCGACGGAUAAACCACGUCCGAGGGCGUGUUAAGAAGCGUAUCGAUGAAAUGCUCACAAACACUGUGCACGCACAACAUACAAUAUGUUACCGAAAUACAUUUUCCGCUGUGCAUACAUAAUUAUUAUCGCGCACAGACGAUAUGUGUUUUCAUUAUCAUAUAAUAUUAUUAUUCAUUAUUAUUAAUAUUUAUAUUAUAUUAUUAAUACCGUGGGAGACGAGUCUUUGUAUAUAAUAUUAAACUUGAACCGCUGGACUGUCCGUCGGCGACGCGUUCUUUUCCGAACGUGUACAGUUUUUUUACGUGUAUUUACUUAUAACUAUCAUUAUUAUUAUUGAAUGUCUAAUAAAAAAUAUAUAUAUAAAU